AUGGAGUCGAAAGCCCUUGUCUCACGUGGGCCCUUUAGCCAGGGCAAAUGGGCGAUAGAGAAGGUCCAGCUCCGCGAACUCAAGGACGACGAGGUCGUGGUAGAGAUCGUUGCAUCAGGUAUCUGCCAUACAGAUCUGCAUUGCGGCGAUACGCCUGACGAUGAAGGCGUCCCUGCUGUGUAUUAUCCAAGGGUAUUAGGCCAUGAGGGUUCUGGAUAUGUGACGGAAAUCGGCAAGACUGUAACCAAGGUCAAACCAGGAGAUCCAGUGCUUCUGUCAUUCUCGUACUGCGGCGAGUGCCAUGUCUGUAAAACAGGACCUCCUUCGCACUGCACGGCGUUCUUCGACAUCAAUUUCAUGGGUGAGCCCGCAUUCUCAGACCAACAAGGGGGAUCCAUCGGCGGCCGGUUCUUCGGACAAUCGAGCUUCGCAAAGUAUACAAUCGUCAGCGACAAAUCGGUGGUCAAUGUGGGCGGUCUGGGCCUGGCGCGCGAGGACCUGAAGCUCCUUGCUCCUCUGGGCUGCGGACUACAGACCGGAAGCGGCACCGUCAUCAACGUGGCCAAGGCCGGUCCCGAGGACGCUAUCGCCAUCGUGGGGAUGGGAGGGGUCGGCCUGGCAGCGGUCAUGGCAGCCAGGAAUCAGAAAUGUAAGACCAUCAUCGGCAUCGACAAGGUCGAGGCGCGUCUGGAGCUGGCAAAGUCGCUUGGCGCGACGCAUGUGUUCAACACCAGCACCAUGUCGGUGGAGCAGCUCGUGGCGGCCGUGAAGGAUGCUGCAGAUGGGCUGGGGGCGACCAUCUCCAUCGAUACGAGUGCCUACCCGCCGCUUGUCGCUGCGCAGGUCGAGUACACCAGAUAUAUGGCCAAGAUCAUCCAAGUCGGGACGGGCAUGCCCAAUGCCAAUCUGACGCUGCACAUGCAGAGCUUCAUGGUCAGCGGCAAGCAGUAUUUUGGCGCGGUGCAGGGCCAUAGCAGGACGAGCGAGUACGUGCCCAAGAUGAUCCAGUGGUGGAAGGAGGGGAUUUUCCCUGUCGAGAAACUGGUUCAGUUCUUUGAUUUUGAGGAUUUUGAGAACGCGGUGAAGGUAAUGGGACGGGGGGAUAUUGUCAAGCCUAUUAUGGUCUGGUAG